CUUUCAUUGUUAAGACACUUGUUUCCUGUUCUUUCAUUUGACAACUCUAUUUAGCUUUCUUGCUUUCUUUUCAACCUUUUGAAGAGAAACACAAUCCAUUCAAUCUGUCUUUUUUUCGUCCUAAAAUGGAAGUGAAGCAACUCGAUUUUGUGCUAGUUUCAUUGGGUUUGUUCGUGUUUGCUGUGUAUAACGUUUGGUUAGUCAUUACUAUCAAGCGUAAUCCCCGAAACACUGUUAUCGGCCUUAACGCUGAGAGUCGUACCCAAUGGCUAUUCUGUUUAAUGGAAGAUCCCGUAAAAAAUGGUGUUUUAAUGGUUCAAACAUUUCGCAACAAUAUGAUGGCAUCAACCCUAUUGGCAACUACAGCUAUUACUCUGAGCUCAGUCAUCGGCGUCUUUGUGAGCAGCACCUCAACAGUUACGAAUGCAUCCUCCAGACUAGUAUUCGGCAACAAGAGCCAGAUCAUGUCAGCAGUCAAGUAUUUUGCACUCAUCAUUUGUUUCCUUGUAGCCUUUCUCUGCAAUGUCCAGUCACUUAGAUAUUACGCGCAUGUGAGUUUCUUGGCUACCUUACCUACAUCACAAGGCAAAAGAGAAGCUAUGGAAUAUGCUGCUCGAAGCUUGAACAGAGGGAGUUUUUUCUGGACUCUUGGCUUGCGAGCCUUCUACUUAUCCUUCCCCCUCUUCCUAUGGAUCUUUGGACCCAUCCCUAUGUUCGGUUGUUGUUGCUUAAUAACCUUUGUGCUAUAUUUUCUGGACACUACCAAUGAUUUUACGCGUCAACUUCACUGUGAGUCCAUGAAAGACAUAGAUUAUAGUUUUAAAAACCCUGCUACAACCAUAUAAAUUAUUUUUGUUGGAAGCCGCCUGUAGUAGAGUGUAUACGUCACAUCUUUACUUUUUGUUCAUUCUUUUUUCAUUUACUGAUUAAAUAUGAAUGCCUGUCUGUGUAAUAUACUAGCGUUACAUUGAGCUAUGAAGGAAUUCACUUACUAUUUAUGUUUU